UCCAGAAGAUAGAAAUGAAACUGAUUAUUUUACCACAUCUUCCGUGAAUAUUUCUGUAGAUACCAACAGCAGCUCUGAUAGUAAUAAUGUUACUGGAAAUGAUGUGAACUCCUCUGACACAACGAUGAAGGUAGAAGCAUCCAGUCGUCGAAGCACAUCAACAGGUAACGGAGUAGACAAUGAAUAUGGAACUGGCACAGCUCCCGUUAUCACAGAAAAUGACGCAAAUAAUAUGAUUUUUUCUGAUAGCGUUACCAUUAGUCAUGAAACCACCUCUAUAUCAAGUGGCGUAACUGAGACUGAUACAUCGGUUGACAUGCAAUCAUCAGCAGGAUAUAGUACAAGUAAUGAGAUGAGAAAAGUAGAGGCAGACUCUUUGAACUCUACAACUGAUGCAACAAGUGUUGGAACCAGCGCGUUAACGGAAGCUAUAUCAUCAUCUGAUCAAAGCUCACCAACUGAUAUGAUGACCCAGAUUGAAAUAACAUCAUCCAAUCUGGACUAUGUCAAAGACAUAACUUCUAAAAAUAGUGGAAUAGAAUUUGUUUAUAGCAGUACUCCCACGAGUGAUACAGUUACUGGAGAAAGUACAGCAAGUUCUGUAACUGUUUUAAGUUCAAAGGUCACAGAAGUUGAAGAUGUCAAAUUAUCGACAGAUUCUAGCAUUCAUUUUCAAACCUCAUUACAACCCACUGAAGAUGCCAGUACUUCAGCAGAAAAUAUCAAUGGGGAGACAACUGAACAUGACACUACUACCUUGAGUUUGGUUACCUCGACUAGUGAUUCACACGACUGGACAACAAAACAGGUGUCUUCAGCCAUCACAACCAUCACAACCAAAGAAACAUACAGUGAAAAUACAAAGACCACGAUAAAUCUGAAUGUUUUGGGAAGUACAAUUGAUGACAAAACCGAAGUCAUUUCCUCUACAUUAUUUCCAAGCACUCUCUCCAAAGAGAGCACCCACUCUUUGAUGUCUGAUCAUUGGUCGACCACACAAAUGUUGACAGUACCUUUGCUUAAAGAAUCUGACCUUGUUCCCACUCAAAUAUCUGUGAAACACAAAACAGUGAGUGUGUAUGUUGAUGUUAUUUUAUCAGGGUAUACCAUAAUGGAACUGUACGGAUUUGGUCUUCAUAUGUGUGUUAUGGAAUGUUUAAAAACAACAGAUUGUCAUUCUGUAAACCUUCUUAAAGACCAAAAGACAUGCCAGUUAAAUUCAGCUACAUCUGUUGACGUUGGUUUAGAAAAAAGGAAAUCAAGUGUGUUUACCCGUAAAGAGCAAUGGCCAAAGACUAUGUUGGAACACUGUAAAAAUAAAAUAUGCAGACAACAGGAACAAUGUGUAGAGUUGCACAACCAAGCAGCAUGCAUUGUUGUUAAUUGCAAAUCACCCCCAAUAGUAGCAAAUGCUAAUGCAGUUGAUUGUUUGAUGCAUGUUGGAUCGCAAGUGAAAUACAACUGUAUUCAAGGCAAAAGUCCCAAUGUGCCAGUGGCAUCCAUGUUUGUCACGUGUCGAGGAAAUGGUCAAUGGACAGCUGUACAAUUUCAAUGUCUUUAACGUCUAGUAUUACAAAAAUAAUGCCAAGAAUAUUGUUAUAUAUGAUAUUUUCUGUUAUUUUAUCAUUUUGUGUAUUAUUGGAAACAUGUCAAUUUCUGUAUUAUAUAUGAAGGUAAAUAUAUAAGCUUCAGCUGUUAAGAACUGUCUUAUUUGGACAAACCAAAUUACCUCACCCCCUCCCACCACCACCAUUUCAUGUGAUAGUUCAUUGACCUACUAACCGUUAAAUCAGUAGGUAUUAUCCUUAGGUUAUGAUUACUAUAUACAUAUAUGUGAAAUUUUGUCUGUCUUGGCCAAAAUAGCCGAAGGGCAAUCUUCAUUUGUCUACACACACAGACAGACAGACAGAUGUGAUGAAACCUCUAUACACACACACAGACAGACAGACAGAUGUAAUGAAACCUCUAUACACACACACAGACAGACAGACAGAUGUAAUGAAACCUCUAUACACACACAGACAGAUGUGAUAAAAUCUCUAUACACACACACAGACAGACAGAUGUGAUGAAACCUCUAUACACACAUACACAGAUAUGAUGAAACCUCUAUAUACACAUACAGAUGUGAUGAAACCUCUAUACACACACACACAUAUAGACAGACAGAUGUGAUGAAACACCUCUAUACACACCCAGAUAGACAGACAGAUGUGAUGAAACCUCUAUACACACACAGACAGAUGUGAUGAAACCUCUAUACACACACAGACAGAUGUGCUGAAACCUCUAUACACACACAGACAGAUGUGAUGAAACCUCUAUACACACACAGACAGAUGUGAUGAAACCUCUAUACACAGACAGACAGAUGUGAUGAAACCUCUAUACACACAGACAGACAGAUGUGAUGAAACCUCUAUACACACACAGACAGAUGUGAUGAAACCUCUAUACACACAUACAGACAGACAGAUGUGAUAAACCUCUACACACAUACAUACACACAGACAGAUGUAAUGAAACCUCUAUACACACACAGACAUUUAGACAGACAGAUGUGAUAAAAUCUCUAUACACACACACAGACAUACAGAUGUGAUGAAACCUCUAUACACACAUGUUUAGACUUCUUAUACAAUAUGAAAUGACAUAUUUGCCUACUUAUGUACUGUUUGUAUUACAAGUGAUUUUGAAAAUGAUCAUGUCCAAUAAUUCAACAAAAAUAUAAGCGUCAUAAAAAAUAUCAGCAAUUGAACAGCAUCUUAAAAUACAUUGUUUAGCAAUGAUAGCAAUUUACACCAACACAUGAAAACAAGUAUACGCAUAAAUUGCAAAUAAAUUAUCUUUAUAUCCAAGGGUAUCAAGCUCAUCUAUAAUAUUCUGAAAAUGUCAGUACACUACAAAUUGAAUACCAGUGUUGUAGGCCAAAAACUCCCAUCUAAUCUGAUAGGGAACUGCAUUGUAAUAUUUCACCUGCCAUGGUGUUAGAUGCUGCCAAUAAAAAUUCUACUGUUUACACUUUUAAUAUCAUUUACAUUAUUGUAUUUUGUAGAAAGCUCAUUUUACCAUAAGGGACUGGAAUUUUAUUCAUUUCUGAUUAUGUCACUAUAUUCCAGGAGAGUGCCAAUAUUUAAAUUAAUAAACAGAGCGUAUUCUUAUUAUCAGUGUACUUCCGUAUUGAUUAAAUUUAGUGAAUCUCUAUUCAAGAUUUAAUUGGUAUUAUGGUAUUUCAUCAUUAAUUGCAAGACAGGCAAUGAAUACCCUAAUUAAUUAUUCAUUAACAGUUUUUACAUUUGCAGGAGGUUUGUGUCAGUACUGAUAUAUAAUUUUCUUUGGCUUGUGUAUGUAAUAAUUACUUCUAAUAUCACAUUUGUACUUCACAAACUCAGUUGUUGCUUUAAAUUUUUUUUAAAAAUCCUCUUUUUGAUGUUUAAUGAAAAGGUUUCAAGCACAAACUGUACUAUUUUCAGAAAAAAUUAUCACUUUUCUCUAUUGUUAAAUACGCCAACAUUAGAUUUGAGUCAUUUGGUUGGUGCACUUGCAAUAUUCAUAUAAUUUGAGGUGAAAACUAUGUCAGUUUGACUUACCGUCACACAAAACCUUUAGGGAUUGUUUUAUCAAUAAAAAAACCUGUUUU